CACCACGGCGAGUACCCAACAAUCACCCCCAUGGUUACUGCUCAUUAAAUUCUCAAUCAUCCACACCAUUUUAGAACCCAACAAACAAACAUAAUCUCUCCCAAAUCCUCUGCAACUUUUGGAGCCGCUAAUGUCUUUCCCAAUACUAUCUAUUCUCAUCUUCUCAUUCUUCUUUCUCAAGCAAACUCUCUCAGAUCCAAGAGCUACACAGUCAGCUCUCAUAUGCACCAACACCACUGCACAAUCCUCUGCUCGUCAAGCUUUUGUUUCCAACUUUUUAUCAGCCAUGGACUCAUUGACCCCUCUCAUCACAUCCCAAAGCUACGGAGCUGUAAUCAAAGGCACAGUCAAUACAACAGUGUAUGCAUUUGGUGAGUGCUUGAAAGACUUGUCUCAAACAGAUUGCAAUCUCUGUUUUGCACAAAUCAAAACCCAAAUCCUCAAAUGCCUCCCUUUUCAACGAUUGAUUCGCGGUGGCAGACUUUUCUUUGAUGGGUGUUACUUGAGAUAUGAUGAUUAUAUGUUCUUUAAUGAGAGUUUGAGUGGUUUUGAUAGGACUGUGUGUGGGAAUGGUGAUGAUUUUGGUGGGAAUCAGAGUCUGUUGAGAGAGAAUGUUGUUGAAUUGGUGAAGAAUUUGAGUGUGGAAGGGGUUAAAAAUGGUGGGUUUUUUGUGGGGUCCGUGAAUAGAGGGAAAUUGUCUGUUUAUGGGUUGGUUCAGUGUUGGGAGUUUGUGAAUGGGAGUGAUUGUGAGAGUUGUUUGGAGAAAGGGGUUUCUGGGAUAGUUUCUUGCCUUCCAAACAAGGAAGAAGGGAGGGUGUUGAAUGCUGGUUGUUAUCUGAGGUAUUCUACUCGCAAGUUUUAUAACAAUUCAGACACUGAUGCAUCACAGGGAAAUGGAGGAGGAAGGAGUCACUUAGCCAUUAUUCUUGCUGCAACUUCUGCUGCUGUAGCUCUUCUGCUUACUGUGGCAAUGAUUUCUUUCAUUACAAGGAAAAAAAUUGUGAAGAAGAGAAGAGAGAGGAAGCAACUAGGUGCCCUAUUGGCCAUUGUCAACAAGUCUGCGCUCAAUUUUUCAUACGAAACACUUGAAAGGGCCACAAACUACUUUCACCAUUCCAACAAGCUCGGUCAAGGAGGGUCCGGUUCAGUUUACAAAGGAAUUUUGCCAGAUGGACAGGUUGUUGCUGUGAAGAGGCUGUUCUUCAAUACAAGACAAUGGAUGGAUCAUUUCUUCAAUGAAGUCAAUCUGAUUAGUGGCAUUCAUCACAAAAACCUCGUAAAGCUGUUAGGAUGCAGCAUUACAGGCCCCGAAAGCCUUCUUGUUUAUGAAUUUGUCCCAAAUCAAAGCCUCAAUGACCACUUCUUCGUGAGAAAGGAUGUUCAUCGACUGAGGUGGGAACUGAGGUAUAAGAUCGUAUUGGGCACCGCUGAGGGCUUGGCCUAUCUUCAUGAGGAAUCAGAGUUGAGAAUCGUUCACAGAGAUAUAAAAUUGAGCAAUGUUCUUCUUGAUGACGAUUUUACACCAAAAAUUGCUGAUUUUGGGCUUGCUCGAUUAUUUCCAGAAGAUAAGACUCAUAUUAGCACUGCCAUUGCAGGCACACUAGGUUACAUGGCUCCAGAAUAUGUAACUCGUGGCAAAUUGACAGAAAAGGCAGACAUAUAUAGUUUCGGAGUUCUUGUAAUUGAAGUUGUCACCGGAAAAAGGAACAACACUUUCUCCGAAAAUUCAUACUCUAUCCUACAAAUGGUGUGGAACCUUUAUGGCACGGGAAAACUAAGCGAAGCAAUUGACCCAUCCCUGGAGGGUAAAUUUCAGGAACACGAAGCCUCUAGAUUACUUGAAAUUGGACUAGUUUGCGUACAAGCCGCUGCAGAAUUGCGCCCAUCUAUGUCGAUGGUUGUGAAAAUGAUCAAGAAUGAGAAUGAGAUUCCUCUGGCAAUGCAGCCACCGUUUAUGAACUCUGUUAGUACGGAAAUUAGUCCAUCUAUUCAACCCGAAACAUAUCAUUUUCAGCCUGAAUCUUUUGCAGAGUCUUCUGGGAAUAACAUCACAGAAAAUUUCAUUGGGCCUAGAUGAACUGUUUUUUAUUUCUAGGUUGUAACACAGAUUCUGUAAAUAGAUUUGCUUGAUUGAAAAGGCAUUCGUGAGAAUUAAAUUCCCAUUGUCCUAACCCACACUAAAAAAUCAUCCUACUUUCUUUCCCAACAAUGCUAGGACCCAAAUGAAUUAUGAAAUAUUUUACACAAUACCCACAUGCGUUUGUUAAAAUAUUCCAAUCCAAAUGGAUUUGGGUUUGGGUAGGUCUGGGUUUGUCACAGGGAUGGAGACGGGAAAUUUAUUUACGGGAAGCUGAAGUAAGUGUAAAAAAGGCAAAGGUCCUCAAUGUUACGGGAUUUGAAAAGAGUCAAAUGUGUACAACUUUAUUCUCCUGUAGAAAGACUGUUUUCAU